AUGGAGCGAUUGAAGGAACUGGAGGAAAAGAGAAGACAAUUGAAAGAGCUGCGUGAGAGGCGAAAACAAGCCAGCUUGUUCCCAGGGAGCGAGAUGAUGCGCCACCACCCCACAGGGGUGCACGCAAAGGCAACCAUGGUAAGUGUUUCAGUGCAGACCGAGAUGGAGGAAGGCUCGAAGAUUCGAGAGCCUCAAACUGCACAUAUUCGACGUAAGGAAGUGAUAACAUACGACAAAGGCAUUCAAACGGACCAAAUUGAAGAGAACAAACCGGAAGAAAAGGAAAAUCUCAUGACCUCUGAUGCUUCUGCUGCAGUCGACGAGGGUAAUAAUGACAAAAAUGAAAACACCCAACCAAGGUUAGAACUGGCCAAGCCUUUUCUCAUAGAAGACGCAACGGCAACGCUAAAUAACGCUAGUUUUGCGCGGCUGGAGACGCUAGUUCCUGCGUCAGCCGAGCAGGCGUCAUCAGAGAUGCAACAAGAUGGAGAUAACCUGAUGAAAUGGACCAUGGUCGGUGAAAACGUACAAUCAGAAGCCGAUUGCGAUCGCAUCGCACAGGAGUAUGACCCAGAAAAGGGGAUCUUGGUUGUAGUGUAUCUACAAUUGCCGCCAGUAGACCGCCAAUAUGCUAGUGGCGAGGCAGCAUGGUCUGUAGUGAACGUGGUGAAGUGCGACAAUGCCAACGGACGCAACGGUCUGUUGGUAGACAUGGUAGAGUUCCGCGGUACGCGGAUCAUGAGAGCCACAAUUCUUCGGCGCAAUCACCCGGACAGCAAAAUAGUGUCAAUCCUACUGACUACUUUCACGGGCAAGAUCAUAUUGUACGAGCUUCGACUGAAACAAAAAAGGCAAGAAACACCGGCAGCAUAUGUCGUACAGCGAAAUCUGGUGGCAAGACACUACUUCCAGCAUCCAGUGGUGGCUGUCAUUGAGACAAGUAGCGUACAGGGCCAAGAGAAGGUGCUUGUGGCAGCCGAUAACGGCAAUAUUAUGGAGUUGAGCUGCCUGGACUUGACAGUUUUGCGGAAGCCACAGCAGCUUCGUCCCGUGCCGCUAUCGCAGCUUUUAUCACUGGAAAAAGAUAAUUGCACAUAUACGGAGCGGUUGCAGCGGUUAGCGAAGUUUGACGAGGUUGGGAUAGCAAGUGUGGCGUACACGUGGGAAGACCCGCAGUAUAUCUGGGUUGGUGGUGAGGACGGUUGUAUUUAUAAGGUUGUCUGGGAUCAGCCUGGACCGCUGUACCUAGCAUUAAACAACAAUGGGUUUCAGCCUGCGGAAAGCCACUCUACAAGAGUGACCGGAUUGGAGUUCUAUCGGGACGACGCUCGGCGGCUAAUGCUUCUGUUAUCAUGUUCGACGGACUGGACGGUGCGGCUGUGGGAUGCGCGAGCCGGGAAAUCUGUCAUAGGGGGGCCAUUGUUGUUAGGGGCGCCUGUACUUCGUGCACGUUGGCUCGAGUAUAACGAAGGUAAGAAUAGUCACACUCUACGGUGCGAAGUGUGGUGUGCAGAUGGUCGUCACGUUGUUGUAAAUUGGGCUUUCGAUUCUAAGACGUCUCUCUACACGGCCGCUGUUAUCUCCUAA